UCUGGAAAUGGGGGACAGUGAAUUUUAAGGUGUUAUUAUUUUCGAAUGUCACCGCGUCGUUGUUUCUCGCGUUAUACUUUUUGAAAGCAUUGGCAAUGGACUGAGUUAACGCUUUAAAAACUGUGGAAAUAAACCCAACAGCGAACGCAGCCAUGUUUGGCCGGUCCAGGAGCUGGGUGGGAGGACAAGGGAAGUCCAAAAGCAUCCACUCUUUGGAUCAUUUAAAGUACAUGUACCACGUUUUGACGAAGAACACCACGGUGACCGAUCACAACAGGAACCUGCUCGUGGAGACGAUCCGUUCCAUCACGGAGAUCCUCAUCUGGGGGGAUCAGAAUGACAGCUCUGUGUUUGACUUCUUUCUGGAGAAGAACAUGUUUGCGUUUUUCCUGAACAUUCUGCGCCAGAAGUCCGGCCGCUAUGUUUGUGUACAGCUCCUGCAGACACUAAACAUCCUUUUUGAAAACAUAAGUCACGAAACAUCACUGUAUUACUUGCUCUCCAACAACCAUGUGAAUUCCAUCAUUGUGCAUAAGUUUGACUUCUCUGAUGAGGAGAUAAUGGCGUACUAUAUCUCCUUCCUGAAGACCUUGUCCCUGAAGCUCAAUAACCACACCGUGCAUUUUUUCUACAACGAGCACACUAAUGAUUUUGCCCUGUACACGGAGGCCAUUAAAUUUUUCAACCAUCCCGAGAGCAUGGUCAGGAUUGCGGUCAGGACUAUCACACUAAACGUGUACAAAGUGUCAUUGGACAACCAGCAUAUGUUGCACUACAUUCGGGACAAAACUGCUGUCCCCUACUUCUCCAAUCUGGUGUGGUUCAUCGGGAGCCAUGUCAUCGAGCUGGACAAGUGCGUGCAGACGGAUGAAGAACACAAGAACCGGGGGAAGCUGAGCGACCUGGUGGCCGAGCACCUGGACCACCUCCACUACCUCAACGACAUCCUCAUCAUCAACUGCGAGUUCCUGAACGAUGUUCUUACAGACCACUUGCUCAACCGCCUGUUCCUGCCCCUCUAUGUCUACUCGCUGGUUGGGAACGAGCAGGACAAGUUUUUGUCUCUGGGUCCCCGACACGCUCCUUUGCUUCAUCUCUCCACCAGUCUGCCUGCUCAGCCAGAAGAUCGCAAGAUCAGUCCACAGGUGUCGCUGUACCUCCUGUCACAGGUGUUCCUGAUCAUCCACUACCAGCCGCUCGUGAAUUCGCUGGCCGAGGUCAUUCUGGACGGAGACUUGUCGGUGUUCUCUGUUUCUAGCGAGCAAGAUGCGCAGAAGAGCACGUCGAGCGCCAGCGUACGCCGGUUCACGAAGCCAGCGGAGAGCUUGGAGCGUUCCUUGGAAAUCAGCCGGCAGCGGGGGCGCAAGCGGACCCAGAAGAGGCCCAAUUACAAGAACGUGGGAGAGGAGGACGAGGGCAACAAAGAGUCCGAGGAAGGAGCUGACAGCCCCGACAGGGCCAAAGCUACAGAGGCCAGCAGCAAGGGUGCCAAGACCAGCGGUGAUAUGGAAGAGAUCGAGAUGGUGGUGAUGGAGAAGUGCAAGAUCUCCGAGCUGUCAGCACUAACGGAGCAAAACAUCACAGAUGAGGAGAAGACGGCAGCAGCGGCAGCAGGAGCGGACGGGCAGCGGAGCAGGCCUUUCCUGGACAUGGUCUACAAUGCAUUAGACUGCACCGUGGAUGACUACUAUGCCCUGUUUGUCCUUUGCCUCCUGUAUGCCAUGUCCCAUAGUAGAGGAAUCAAUCCGCAGCUCCUUGAGAGGAUCCAGCUGCCCGUGCAGCAGCAGGAGAGGAGCAAUUACAGUCAGGUGCUGGCUGAACGCCUGAUCUGUGUCAUGAACCAAGCUGCCCAACCAGAUGGUAAAGUUCGUCUGGCCACGCUGGAGCUCAGCUGCCUGCUGCUGAAGCACUCAGUCAUGUCUGCCAGCAGCUGCAUCAUCAAAGACGUCCACCUGGCCUGCUUGGAGGGAGCCAGAGAAGAAAGUCUUCACCUUCUGCGGCGAUUUUAUAAGGGGGAGGAGAUAUUCCUGGACAUGUUUGAAGAUGAAUACAGGACCAUGACAAAUAAGCCUCUGAAUGUGGAGUAUCUAAUGAUGGAUGCCUCAAUCCUGCUGCCACCCACGGGCACCCCGCUGACGGGCAUCGACUUUGUUAAGAGGCUGCCCUGCGGAGAUGUGGAAAGGACACGCAGGGCCAUCCGCGUGUUCUUCAUGCUGCGUUCGCUCUCACUGCACCUGCAGGGGGAGCCGGAGACGCAGCUGCCCCUCACACGACCCGAAGACCUCAUUAAGACAGACGAUGUCCUGGACCUGAAUAACAGCGACCUUAUUGCCUGCAUGGUGGUGACGAAGGACGGCAGCCAGGCGCAGCGCUUCCUCGCUGUGGACGUGUACCAGAUGAGCCUGGUGGAGCCAGACAGUAAGCGGCUCGGUUGGGGUGUUGUCAAGUUUGCCGGGUUGCUUCAGGACAUGCAGGUGUCAGGUGUGGAGGAUGACAGCCGAGCCCUGAAUAUCACAAUCCACAAGCCAACUUCGAACCCCCACGCCAAGCCCUUCCCCAUCCUACAGGCAGUCUUUGUGUUUGCCGACCACAUCCGCUGCAUCAUUGCCAAACAGCGACUUGCCAAAGGCCGCAUCCAGGCCCGACGCAUGAAGAUGCAGAGGAUCGCAGCCCUGUUGGACCUUCCCAUUCAGCCCACCUCUGAUGUGCUGGGUUUCAGCCAGAGCAUGGCCGCCUCUUCCCAGCAGCUGCCCUUCCGCUUCUACGACCAGACCCGGCGUGGCCCCCUAGAGACCGGCACCCCGCGCUCUGUCUUUGCCUCAGUGGACAAGGUCCCAGGGUUUGCGGUGGCCCAGUGCUCAAGCCAGGCUGGCUCCUCGCCACUGUCGUCUCCCUCUCCCCCCUCCAGUGGCAGCACGGGCCGCUGUGACUCAGCCACUGUCAGCAGCGCUUCAGCCACCCAGAGUCCCACAGGUCUGGCAGGAAAGGACGGCGGAGGGUGUUUAGUCUGUCCGAGGAGGACGGGGGCGGCGGACACUGGGUUUAGACCUCCAUCCAGCCGUGACCCCAGCUCCCCAGAUGAUGCCACCUUUAUGGACCAAACAACACCUUCCUCUUCCAGUGAAGUGGAACCUGGUGAGCCGGCAAACUACGCCCCUACACCCCAGGCCCCACCCCCCACCUUGGCCCCAAGCCUCACCCCAGCACCCCAGCCGGCCAUCUCUCUCUUCUCAGACGAUGGCACUGACGCCCUGAGCGUAGAGUCCCUGACCCUGCUCCCUCCCGCUGACCCUCCCCGCCUCCGCAGUCUCACCACCCAAGGGGAGAGUGAUGCAGUGCCCCUGCAGCUGGCCACGGACAGCACACCCCCAGCGGAGGAGUAGAGGGGAGAGGGAGUGGUUAGCCUUCUCCCCGUUUCUCUCUGACUAGUUGCUUCUCCUCCCCGUCUUGCCCCGUGACCAGGCUCAUUUAGUCCUGUUAUGUUUUUCAGAAUUUCACCAUGGGGCUGGCACAUAAAUAUUUUUAAUU